AUGGAGACCCACAUGGAUACACGCAGAAGAAAACAGAGAGGAAUGUUUCUGACAGCAAUAUGUUUGAUAUACGAAUACUAUAACACGUAUAUUGAUCGGUCGCCAUGCAUGACAUCUUCUUAUAUUGGCGACAAAUGGGUUGGAGAGUUGCUUGCCGGGCACCCAACACGAUUUUGUAAUAUGUUUCGAAUGACUCAGGCAAUAUUUAUCGAUCUUCUGGACUUACUCGUAGGAUCUCACGGUCUUCAUGGAUCUUCGAGAACCAAUCCACGUGAGGUGCUCGCAAUAACACUGUUCAUAUUAUCCCAAAAUGAGUCUAUGCGAGGAGCAAUGGAGCGAUUUCAACACUCAUCAGAAACAAUAAGCAGAUAUUUCUCAAUCGGAUUGAGCGCACUUGUUAGUCUGUCCUCUCAUGUCAUCAGAGCCUCAGAUUAUAAGUUUGAGCAUAUACCCGCUGAGAUAGCACGUGACGCACGAUAUAUGCCCUUUUUUAAGGACUGCAUUGGUGCGAUUGAUGGAACACAUGUUGACGCACGUAUACCAAAUAGUGAUAAAGUAGCAUUUAUAGGCCGUUGUGGUAGCACUACCCAAAAUGUCAUGGCCGUCUGCGACUUUAACAUGUGUUUCACUUUUGUUAUGGCUGGCUGGGAGGGCAGCGCACAUGACAGUCGAAUUUUCAAAUCUGCGACACGGGAUCCCAAAAGCAACUUUCCACAUCCACCUGCAGGCAAAUAUUACUUGGUUGAUGCUGGUUAUCCAAUGCAACGAGGGUAUUUAAAACCAUUUCCUGAUACGAGAUAUCACAUACCAGAUUUCGCACGUGCAAGUAACGUUACACGAGGAAGAAAUGAAAUAUUUAAUAAACGACAUUCAUCGCUACGUGGUGUAAUUGAGAGAACUUUUGGUGUCUGGAAAAAGAAAUGGGUUAUACUCCGUGAUAUGCCUCCUUAUAAUUUUUCAAAGCAGGUACAGAUUGUCUUUGCUACAAUGGCUCUCCAUAAUUACAUAAGAAGACAUCAUUCCCGUAGCGAUAUCGACUUCCAUUUGGCGGAAUUGGAUGAAGAAAAUGUGCCUUCGGAAACAUUUGAAUACCGUCUAGGCCAGUUUUUCACCGAAGAGGAGACUGAGGCUUCCAUCGCCUUCACUGUAGAUGGGGAAGGUGCAAGCGAGAUGGCAGAGCUGAGGGAACGAAUAGUUGAUGAGAUAGCAUGCCUAUGA